AUGAAAUUGCUCACUCCCCUCUUCCUUUCCCUGGCCUGCCUGGGCCUGGCCAACCCCCUCCCUGAAGAAGCCACCGUCGCGAGAGACGCCACAGUCGAGGCUGCCAAAUCUGGCCAGGGAAUCAUCAAAGCUGCCGAAAAAGAAAAGGGCCUUCCCUACGUCUGGGGAGGCGGCGGAUGCAACGGCCCGUCAAAGGGUGGAUUCGACUGCUCUGGACUGACGCAGUAUGCGAUCUGCAAGUCGCUUCACAAGACGAUUCCGCGAGUCGCACAGGAUCAGUACCACUCGAAGCUGGGAAAGCACUACCCUCGCUCCCAAGCCAAACCGGGCGAUUUGCUAUUCUGGGGCGAGGGAGGGGAUUGCAAGAACAAGGUGGUCCACGUUGGGAUCUUUAUUAAGGAUGGACUGAUGAUCAAUGCCGCACAUACGGGUACGCCUGUGAGGGAGCAGAAGAUUUGGACAUCGUAUGGAGGGGAGAAAAUCUGCCCUGAUGUUGUACGAUUCUGGUAA